CGCAUUCAGGUACUUAAAAUUUGUUUGUUACAAUGACAUCUGUUCGUAAAAUUUGUGUGUCUUAUAAUUCUCUUUCUAACCCCCCACGUAAAAAAGUGUGUAGUAUUACCAGCUUUUUCAGAAAAAGAAAUGCCUGACCUGCUGUUCAUAAAAAAAGAGCUACAUCGAGAAAUGAUUCUCGAUAACUCUAUUCAAGACCUAGGAGGAAAUUGUUCAACCCAAAUGUCCGAUCUAAUUUUGUUUCAACACGAUCCAUACUUCGACGAACUGGGAGAGAUGGAUAGCCAAGUUGUUUUGUCACACAAAGAGCUCAAUCUAGUUGUCAAGCUCCGACAACAUCCAAUUUUGCCAGCAAUACAGUCUGCCCUGCAGCCCUUACACAGCAAUCUUGACGCUAACAUUUCAACUUCAAAGUUUGUGGAUUUACAGCCACCGACAACAAUUGGAUUGCUGGCAACAACCAAGAAUAUCUUGGAGUUUGUUGUGUCAGAUGAAGAUGAAGAAUCUUUUAAUGUAGUAGUUAUCCCUGAAGUACAGGGUCAUGUCCCUCUCCCAGAGCUGUCAGAGUUGCUCAAAGCUGCCAAGGCCACUGGGAAGCUUCUAAACCAUUAUGUGGAUUUCGUGAAACAUCACAGUGAACCUCUGCACACAUUUUACCGUCUAACAUCCGUCCGUCUAAAGCGACUCUCAACCUCUACGGACAGCUAA